AGCGCGCACACCCAGAAGACGACGUAACUGCACAGAGAGAGAAGACAAGACACUUUCUCGCCCAAUUGGGCCCCGGCAUUUCGGCAAUUCAGGCACUCUUUCGACGCACAUUUUCUUAUUCAACAUUAGGGAAGCAAAGCACAAUUAGAUUGAGAGUGCAUAGUGAUUCUGGUUCUUUCAUUCCUGCAAGUUAAAGACUGAGAAUGGUGAGAGAAGUUUCAGAGAGUUGUUUGGAUAGCCUGUUGACAGAGGUGGUUUCGUGCUAUUGCAACCGAUUCUACCCUAAUAAGCAUGAUCUUGCUGCUCGCAGAAUCGAGGCUAUUGGAUACCAGGUUGGUCACCAGCUCUCUGAAAGGUACACCAUGGAGCGGCCACGAUUCAAUGACCAUCUGGAAGCCAUCAAGUUCAUUUGCAAGGAUUUUUGGCUUGAGCUCUUUAAGAAGCAUGUAGACAACUUGAGGACAAACCAUAGGGGUACCUUUGUAUUGCAAGAUAAUAAAUUUUGCUGGCUUGCGCGAAUGUCAAUUGAUCCAUUAGCUGAUAGUGGUAAGUCACCCGAAGAUAUUACAUCUCCUACAGCUGGAAACAAGGCAACACAUGCAAUGAAGAUGCAUCUUUAUUUCCCAUGUGGCAUCCUUAGGGGAUUUCUUUCAAACCUGGGAAUUCUUUGUGCCGUUUCUGCAGAUAUAUUAACCCUUCCAACAUGUGCAUUUACCAUCCGUAUUAAAGCUUGAUGAGUUCACAGUUAUGUUAAUGAUGGAAAUGAGAGCAUACAAUAUCUGCAAGUUCCUUUGCAUAAUUUGGUGGAGUAAGGAUUUUUAUUUGCCAUUUUUUAUUAUGAAAUAUUGGAUUUGUUGUAUAGGAAGGGGUCUUGAGGAUGGGAUGAAGAUUCUAUGGAGAUUGCAUGUAAGUGUAGAGAGCUGAUUUUAGGCAAAAUUUUGGGAGACAUUUUCUUCAAACUGAGUU